UGUAUUGUGAAAUAUUACUUCAAACAUGGAUUUAUGUAUAAUACAUCUGUUUAUUUUUGUUCUGUUUGUGGAAUUAUUAAUCGUCGGAUGUAAAGGUGAGUUAUAUGAGGUGACCUCGAACUCGAGUGAAGUGCAGUGGUCAGUGAAGCUGGUUGAAGGGGAUACAGCUUCGGCCGGCGGACGAGUGGAGAUCCUACUUGGCGACCAAUGGACCCCGAUAUGCUCACAGACAACUCGUGUAAACGCCUAUAUCGCCAAUGUCGUCUGUCAUCAGCUCGGGUAUGCCUUUGGGCUCUCCAUAUUUACACAAAGUCGCCCACCGUUCCAAGGAUCAAGUGUUACUGGCAUAAACUGCACGGGAAGUGAGCAGCGCCUAGAGGAUUGCACGGGUAACAGGAGUUUAAGCAGAUGCUACACUCGCCAGUUGAAAGUGAUCUGUUCCAGCGAAAUGACUAUCCGACUGAAUAAAAACAGAUUGGUACUCCCAAACCACGCGGGUCGGCUAGAAAUAUUCUAUGACGGACACUGGAACACAGCAUGCAUAAAUCCUGGCAACAUGCACCACCUGGCAAGUGUCGUCUGCACACAACUUAGGUUUGAUCAAGGACGUUUAUUGCCGCCAUGGUCGAUUGCUGAUACUCGUGUCCUGGAUAGUUACGUCCGAUAUCACGUGCGUGUCUCCGGGGUACAUUGCUUGGGAACGGAAAAGUCACUAGGUCAAUGUGUAGAAUUGGCGGGAGACACGACUUCAUGCGACCCGCGAGAGCAAGUUGGAAUACAAUGUUUGGCUUACACAAGAUUGAAGCUUCAGGGCGGUGGCUCCUUCUCUGGGCGGGUGAUGGUAGAACACAACGGUACCUGGGGAUCAAUUUGUGACGACAACACAGGACCAGGCUUUGCCAAUGUCGUCUGCAAGGAACUAGGGUUCGCUGAAGGUGGAUUCGUUACAAGCACCAAUCACCGUCGGUUUGGCUAUUUCAACGGACAGAUCUGGCUCGAUGAAGUUAACUGUAGCAGUAACGCGAGAAGUCUCAGUGAAUGUUCGUUGAACAAUGGGUGGGGAGUUCAUGACUGUUCACACUCGGAGGACGUCGGGGUGAUUUGUCGUGAACCAGGGCAGAGUUAUGAGAGUAUCUGGCUAGAUGGUGGCCAAAGCGGCCGCGUGAGGAUGAACUAUGUCAACGUGUCUGGUACUGUGUGUCCAAGCGGCGACCCGGAUAACAUCGCACGCGUCAUCUGUCGAGAACUGGGGUACAGUUUCAUCGACAAUGAGCCAUACGCGUUUUUAAUGCCAAGCAGCUUUAAUGCCUGGCUUUACAACGUCUCAUGUGACGGAACAGAGCGGAAUCUGCAUGAGUGUAGGAACUCGGACAUCGUACACCAUACACAAACAUGCUCGAAAGAACUGUAUGUCCAUUGCAUUUCCAGUAUGAGUUCAUCCGCGGAGACAGGAGCAGUGCGGUUAACGGGCGGUUCGUCACCCAAGGCCGGUCGACUGGAGGUGUUCUACAACCACCAGUGGGGAUCCGUCUGCGACGACGGUGUCACUAACAACCUCUCACGAGUCGUGUGCUCACAGCUGGGAUAUCACACGUAAGCACGACACUGCG